AUGCUACUCUCAUCUUCCUCCAGUGCUCAACUAACCCCUACCUUCUACGACACUUCAUGCCCUAGCGUUUUCAAGAUCGUACGAGACACUAUCGUCGACGAGCUAAGAUCGGAUCCUCGUAUCGCUGCGAGCAUCCUUCGUCUUCAUUUCCACGACUGCUUCGUCAAUGGUUGUGAUGCAUCGAUCCUGUUAGACAACACAACAUCAUUCCGAACAGAAAAAGACGCGGCUCCAAAUGCGAACUCGGCUCGUGGAUUUCCAGUGAUUGAUAGAAUGAAAACAGCAGUGGAGAUUGCAUGCGCGAGGACUGUUUCAUGUGCAGAUAUUCUUACCAUCGCAGCUCAACAGUCUGUCAAUCUGGCUGGAGGUCCUUCGUGGAGGGUUCCUUUGGGGAGACGAGAUAGCUUGCAAGCAUUUUUCGAUCUCGCUAAUGCAAAUCUUCCCGCUCCAUUCUUCACGCUUCCACAACUUAAAGCCAGUUUCAGCAAUGUCGGUCUUAAUCGUCCUUCUGAUCUCGUUGCUCUCUCCGGUGGUCACACCUUUGGUAAAAACCAGUGCCGGUUUAUUAUGGACAGGCUAUACAACUUUAGCAACACUGGUUUACCCGAUCCUACCCUCAACACUACUUACCUCCAAACGCUUCGUGGACUUUGUCCUCAAAAUGGUAACCUGAGCGUCUUGGUGGAUUUCGAUCUACGUACACCAACGGUUUUUGACAACAAAUAUUAUGUGAAUCUGAAAGACCACAAAGGACUUAUCCAAACCGAUCAAGAGCUAUUCUCGAGCCCUAAUGCCACUGACACAAUCCCCUUGGUGAGAGAAUACGCCGACGGGACACAAAAGUUCUUCAAUGCGUUUAUCGAGGCGAUGAAUAGGAUGGGAAACAUUACUCCUCUCACCGGAACUCAAGGACAGAUUAGGCAGAAUUGUAGGGUGGUCAACUCCAACUCUUUGCUCCAUGAUGUGAUUGAAAUCGUUGACUUUGUCAGCUCUAUGUAA